UCUCUUUAUAUAUCCCCCCCCCGGUCUCCGCGGCGACCUCCGAGAUCCCCUGGGUAGUCUGAUCCCUCUUCCAGAUUCCCGGCUCCUUCCUCUGUUUCCGUGUUGAUUUGGUAACGGCUGAGAGUUCCCAGUUCUACCGAAUUUGACAUGCCCUUGGCUAGACGUGGUUUCUUGGUUGGCCUUCUGUUCUUGUGGAACUCAUAUUGGAUUUCGAUCGUUUGUAUAUAUUUAUGAAGUGGAGCAAGAAAUUAUUACCCUAGUGGAGGUUUCUAUCGAGGAGAAUGGAUAUAACUGAGGUUUCGAUCGUUCAUCACAUCACCCUAGUGCUCGUGUUGCUCUGGGUGUGCGUCUCUUUGGGAUGGGCCCACCCUGUAGUUUUCUUUACAGCGCUGCUCUAUCUUUAUGUGGUGAAUGAACGAUAUUCAUUGAGAUUGCGGAGGCGAAUACAAUUUGAGGAAAGAAAAUAUGCUAACCAGCAAAGGCUCCUUUCCGACACAGAAUCAGUACGGUGGUUAAAUCAUGCAGUUGAAAAGAUUUGGCCUAUAUGCAUGGAGCAGAUUGCAUCGCAACAAUUUCUCUUGCCAGUUAUACCAUGGUUUUUGGACAAGUUCAAGCCUUGGACAGUACAGAAAGCAGCUGUUGAGCACCUUUACUUGGGCAGGACCCCACCUAUGUUUACAGAUAUUAGGGUUCUUCGUGAUACAGCAGAUGAUGACCAUUUGGUUCUAGAGUUGGGAAUGAAUUUUUUAUCUGCAGACGAUAUGAGUGCAAUACUUGCAGUGCAGCUGAGGAAAAGGGUAGGGUUAGGCAUAACAGCAAACAUGCAUGUGACAGGCAUGCAUGUCGAGGGAAAGGUCCUGGUGGGCAUGAAGUUUCUUCGAAGUUGGCCAUUCAUUGGACGCGUUAGAGUAUGCUUUGUUGAGCCUCCAUAUUUUCAGAUGACGGUAAAACCAAUAUUUGGACAUGGCCUAGAUGUUACGGAACUUCCAGGAAUUUCAGGAUGGCUUGAUAAGAUGUUGGAUGUUGCAUUUGGUCAGACAUUAGUUGAGCCUAAUAUGCUGGUUAUUGAUGUGGAGAAAUUUGCUUCAGCACCUGCAGAAGGUUGGUUCACCAUAGAUGAAAGACCUCCUAUUGCGUAUGUGAAAGUGGAGAUUUUGGAAGGAGCUGAUAUGAAACCAUCAGAUUUGAAUGGUCUUUCCGACCCAUAUGUGAAAGGACAGCUUGGUCCUUACAGAUUCCAGACGAAGAUUCAAAGGAAAACAUUGGCUCCAAAGUGGCAUGAGGAAUUUAGGGUGCCCAUUAGUUCAUGGGAAGCACCAAAUUUGCUUGCUCUCCAAGUUCGUGAUAAGGAUCAUAUUUUUGAUGACGUGCUUGGAGAUUGUUCAGUAGACAUCAGCAAGUUAAGGGGUGGACAAAGACAUGAUAAGUGGGUGUCCCUGCAGAACAUUAAAAUGGGAAGGCUGCACUUAGGAAUAACUGUACUUGAAGAUGAGCUCGAUAAGGCGAAUAAGGAUGUUUGUGAUGAUGAGGUACCCCAGAUGAAGGAAACUGCAACACCUGAAUCUGAUUGUGUGGCUAAAAACCAGAAUACUGAUGAGUCUUUAGAAGAUUAUCGGAAGAUGUCCGAUGAGUAUGAGCCUAUCAACAUUGAAGGGCAAGAGAAGACUGGCAUAUGGGUACAUCACCCUGGCAGUGAUGUUUCCCAAACGUGGGAGCCCAGAAAAGGACGUGUACGGUACCCCGAAACACAACUCCAUCGAGAGGACAAUGAGUGCACCAACACCAGAGACUCAUCAGCAUCUGGGUCUCAUUGCAGUGUCAGCAGCAAUAAUGAUGAAAAGGUGGAUGGGAAUAAAUUUCAUCAACUCAGAACAAUAAAGAAGGGCCUGCAAAAAAUAGGCUCUGUAUUUCAUAAAAGUCCAAGGAAAGAGAGCCCCAGAGGGCAUGCAGAGGAUGCUGCUCCAGCUCCACGGCCCAACAUCCAGCCGCUUGGUGAGAAGCGGACAUCAGUUAAUUUUGUCGUCGAUGAUAAUUGUUCUGGAAGCAGUGGAGAGCUUGAUAAGGGUGAGAUGGAGAGCCCAAGCAAGGGCCACUUGAAGGGAAUGGCUAAGAACAUUGUAAAACAGGCUGGAAAGUCUGCUCACAGUUUGAAGAGUGUACUGAGCAAGAAAGGUUCCAACAAGUUUAAAGAGGAACAACCAUCGGAGGCUGAUAAGGAAGAUGUUUCUGAGGGAUCUAAGUCACCAAAUGAUUUGUUGAACGAUGAUCCACUUGUAGUCGGGGGUUUCCCACUUUCAGAACAUGAUAAAGAACCUACAAAUGCGAAAGAAGGAAGUAGUCAUCAAAGUCCUGAAGCUGAAAAGGAUGACAUGCAAUUUACAAAUCUUGGAAAAAAUGUUCAGGCGGGCACUGUAAAUUCUGUGGUGGGCUCAGAGCAGGGUUAACGAGCCAUUCGUUUUUGUACAUAUACGGGGAACCAUGGUGCAGUUUAGUGAGACUGGCAUCAGGAGUUUGUUGGUUAGGUCUUAAGCUAUUGUUGCUGUCAGUGGUUGUUAUGGGAAUUUGUGGGUGAAAAUCCUACUGUCUCAAAAACCGAGCGUGGUCAUAUAAAUGUUUGUUGGCCAGGAUUGUUGUUGUAGUAGCUGGUACUAAAAGAACUUUUGUUACUGUAACAGGUGCGUGUGACAAUCUUGCCCGACUUAUCUGAUUGUUUUUUUGUUGUUAUUGCUAAUAUGAAUGCAGACAGAGCGAGAAGUUUGAAACUAA